AAACGGGGUUUGAAAAUAAUGUGCGAGCAGUGCGAAGAUACAAAUUCACUACGAGAGUUAAAUCAAUGACAAGCUGACAACCCUAUAAUCCCUCUUUUUAAUCCAUAGUACAUCAUGGCUGUUGGCAAGAACAAGCGUCUUAGUAAAGGAAAGAAGGGUUUGAAGAAGAAGGUUGUUGAUCCCUUCACCCGUAAGGACUGGUACGAUAUCAAGGCUCCUUCUAUGUUCGAUGUCCGUCAAGUCGGUAAGACUCUUGUCAACCGUACUCAAGGUCUCCGUAACGCCAACGACUCCCUCCAAGGUCGUGUUGUCGAAAUGUCUCUUGGUGAUCUCUCCAAGGACGAAUCUCGCUCCUUCCGUAAGAUCCAAUUGAAGGUUGACGAAAUCCAAGGUAAGAACUGUCUUACCAACUUCUACCGUAUGGACAUGACCACCGACAAGCUCCGUUCUAUGGUCAAGAAGUGGCAAUCUUUGGUUGAAGCUUUCGUUGAUGUCAAGACCACUGACGGUUACCUCGUCCGUCUCUUUGCCAUCUCCUUCACUGCUCGUCGCCGUAACCAAAUCAAGAAGACCACCUAUGCUACUUCUGCUCAAAUCCGUCAAAUCCGUAAGAAGAUGUUCGAGAUUAUGACUGAAGAAGCCUCUGCUUGUGACUUGAAGGAAUUGGUUGCUAAGGUUACCUCCUCUGCUUCUCAAUCCGCUCAAGAUGCCAUUGCUGUCCGCAUCGAAAAGGCCUGUCAAGGUAUCUACCCUCUCCAAAACACCUACACUCGUAAGGUCAAGAUCCUCAAGGCUCCCAAGUUCGAUGUCUCUGCUCUCUUGGCUCUUCACGGUGGUGCCGCUGCUGCUGGUGAUGAUACUGGUGCCAAGGCCUCCAAGGACUUUGUUGAACCCACUCCUCAAGCCUCUGUCUAAAU